GAUCCACAUUUAGGGCAGGGGAUUGAGGUUUGAGUCAGUGAUUGAAAAUGGCGAAGUCACUGCAACGGCUAUGGAGCCAUGGUGGGAGUCUGCGUUCUGCUUUUGCUCCAAUGUCAAGACCUUUCUCUGCUGAUGCUUUGGUGGAAAUCAAACCGGGCGAGAUCGGCAUGGUCUCUGGUAUACCCGAAGAGCACCUUCGAAGGAGGGUUGUAAUUUUCUCACCUGCUAGAACUGCAACUCAACAAGGAUCAGGAAAAGUUGGGAGGUGGAAAAUCAAUUUUAUGUCAACUCAAAAGUGGGAAAAUCCAUUGAUGGGCUGGACAUCCACAGGGGACCCAUACGCUAAUGUUGGUGAUGCUGGAUUGGGUUUUGAUAGUGAAGAAGCUGCUAAGGCAUUUGCUGAGAAACAUGGUUGGGAAUAUACGGUUAAGAAGCGCCAAACACCCUUAUUGAAGACUAAGGCAUAUGCAGACAACUUCAAGUGGAAGGGACCUCCCAAAACUGAGGAGUGAUUUCAUUUCUUCCUGUUCCCAUUCAUCAAGCACAUAUUAUGGCAGAGGUUAUGCAAUUUGCCUUAAAGUUUUCUUUGUUCAUUUUGGGGAGGAGGUUUUCUAUUCCUUUCAAGAAUAUUACGAGUCCCCAAGGACUUCCCUUCAUUAUAAUGAAUAAAUGGGACUGAUGGGGUGAACCAUGUUUUCCUCUCUCAAUUAUGAUAAAAUGACAGUUCAUUUCAGUUGCACUA